UCGCUUUCCCGCCGAUCCCUCCUCCUCAUUCCUCAUUUUUAAGACCCAAAAAAAAAAAGGUUUCAGAGCUAGAGAGAGAGAGAGAGAGAGAGAGAUGGGAACUUCAGUGCAGGUGAGUCCACUAUGUGUAGUGUACAACGAGAACCCACUCUCAUACUUAGUCUCUAUCGACAGCUUCAACUUCCUCAUCGACUGUGGCUGGAACGACCACUUCGACCCCACUCUCCUCCAACCUCUCUCCAAGCAUUUGAAUGGAACUGUUCUAGCAUCUUUUGUGCGGCCUGCUGUUCUAAUGCUCUGAACAAUCAGCCUUAUAGACGUGGUGAAAAGGAGAAUGAAUUUGGAGAAACCAUAAAGAAAACUCUAGGUGCCGGUGGAAAUGUAUUACUACCUGUGGACAAAGCUGGGCGAGAAUUGGAGCUUAUUUUAACAUUAGAACAGUGUUGGUCGGAUAAAAGCUUGAACUAUCCCAUCUUCUUUCUUACAUAUGUCGCAUCUAGCACGAUUGAUUAUGUUAAGAGUUUCCUUGAGUGGAUGAGUGAUUCCAUUGCAAAAUCUUUUGAACAGAAUCGUGAAAAUCCCUUUCUUCUUAAACAUGUCAGAUUUUGUAUUAGCAAGAGUGAACUUGAUAAUGCUCCAGAUGGUCCAAAGGUUGUUCUAGCAUCCAUGGCGAGUUUGGAAGUGGGUUUUUCACAUGAUAUAUUUGUCGAAUGGGCAACAGAUGCCAAGAAUCUUUUCCUCUUCACUGAAAGAGGCCAGAUUGGAAUAGAUUCGUAGGGAUUAGAGAUUUGUACCACGCUAGAUGGGUGAAAUGACAGCACCAAACCUCCAGUGGCUCUCAGCUAAAAAUUCAUCAAAUUUGUUGAAGAUACUCUUCCAAAACUAUGGACACUUGCUUCUCUAUUGGUAUUUGGAUUUUUGCCAAUAAUAGCUGUAAGACAUUUGCCAAUGUGUUCAAAUGAACUUUAACCUUACGGUUA